AUGAGCGAAAAUUUGGAGAACAUUAACCCAAAGCUUUAUAAAAAAUUAGAUGACCGAGAAAUCACAAUCUCGGACCAAGAUGAGGAUGUCACGGAUGAAUUUGAUGCUCGAGAGAUUUUUGAUAUUAUUAGGAACAUUAAUGAUCCGGAACAUCCUUUAACUCUAGAAGAAUUAAAUGUGGUUGAGCAGAAUCUCAUUGAAGUUGAUGACAAAAAAAACACAGUGGAUGUAAAAUUUACACCCACAAUACCGCAUUGCAGCAUGGCCACUUUAAUUGGUUUAUCCAUUCGCGUGCAAUUGUUACGUGCCUUACCUUCUAGGUUUAAAGUUAGUGUGGAAAUUUCUCCAGGUACUCAUAUCUCGGAAGCAGCAGUGAAUAAGCAGCUUGCAGACAAAGAAAGAGUUGCGGCGGCUUUAGAAAAUUCUAUGCUAGUUGGUGUGAUCAAUCAGUGUUUAGCACCGAAAAAUUAACAAGUUAUAUAAAUUUCAAGAUUUUCAUGUUCAACCUUCCA